UGUAUGCGGAAUUCAUGCUUUGCCAAUAGGGUGCAGUCGCAGGAACCCUCGUAGUCGUCAAUGGUUUCUUCAAUCGUGAGACUCGCGACUCCCUGACUCCCGGCGAGCGGUCAUAUCUCCACCAGACCUUCAUGUACACUGGCGGUGGUCUGGUCGCGACUGCCCUUGGUGCCCGCUCCCUGUUCAGGUCCGGGGCCGCUUUCCGAAUCAUGUCUGCCAACCCGUGGGUUGUCCUUGGCGUUAGCCUGGUCGGGUCUAUUGGAGCGAUGAUGGGUACUAUGAUGACACCGCCAGAGAAUACCAUCCUCAAGCACGCAUGUUGGCUGGCCUUCAACGGCUUCCAGGCGGCUACCCUGAGCCCACUGUUCUUCCUUAGUCCUGCCAUCCUUUCUCGUGCCGCUAUCUACACUUGCGGUGUUGUCGGUUCUCUAAGUUACGUCGGUGCGACUGCCAAGUAAGCGAGUCAGAACCUCUACACUGUGCCGACUUGACAUCUUCGGCAGGAACGACAAGUACCUCUACUGGGGUGGCCCACUCUUGGCUGGUGUCACCGUUGUUGCUCUGAGCUCCCUGGCGCCCAUGGUUCUUCCGCUCGGGCUUCGCGGUCUUGCCGUGACCGAGUCCAUCUCGCUCUACGGUGGUUUGGCUGUGUUCGGCGGUUUUGUGCUCUAUGAGUAAGUCGAAUUCAUUUC